CGCGGGGGCCAGGCAGGUGCCUGGAAAUUCCAUUUGUGCGUCUCUUCCUGCAGGGAGAAGACAGUCUGUCGGCGAUUACCUUCGACUCCGACUUUGAGACGAAAACAAAGAGGAAAAGUGGCCACAAACCUCCACCCACAUCGCCCAAGUCGCCGUAUUACUGCAAGCCGAGGACCGCGGCCAGCGGGCGGCCACUGAGGACGGCGGCCAGCAUGCCCCUGGGAAGCAGGACGCCUCUGACGCCGCAGAGGCUGUGGCUGGGAAGUGCCAAGCAAGGUCUCGCCCCGGGCACGCCGGUCUACAGAGAGAAGGAGGACAUGUAUGACGAGAUCAUGGACUUGAAGAAGUCGCUGCACAUGCAGAGAAGCGACGCGGACCUGCUGAGGACGAAGCUCCGGCGCCUCGAGGAGGAGAACAGCCGGAAGGACCGGCAGAUCGAGCAGCUGCUGGACCCGUCCCGCGGCCCGGACUUUGUGUGGACUCUGGGAGAGAAAAGGCCGGACGCUGGCUGGGUGAGUGUCAGCUGCAACCGGACAGGCAGCCUCGCCGCCCGAGGGAGGCGCCUUCUCUCUAGAGCGCCCGCCUGCCUGCCCGCCCGUCUGCCGCUCACCCUGAGCUUGGGUUUCAGCAAGCUGCAGGCGGACAUGAAGACCACGAGCUUGGAGGAGAUGCGGGUCGCCAUGGAGACGUACUACGAGGAGAUCCACCGCCUCCAGACGCUGCUGGCGAGCUCGGAACCGUCGGGACGGAAGUACGAUGAUCUCGUGUUACACUCCCUCCUCUGGGCGCCAUUGCCAUGGUUACGGAGGUGCCCUCCAUCCCCUGCUCACUGCCAGCAGCACGUCCCUGUGCCGUCGCUGUCCACACCCACCACAGCCCCGCUCAGCGUCGCAGGCACUGGCUUCCCAGACGCCACGUGUUGGGGAGACACCACACAGGGCCUGUCCGCGCCCAGACGGCACAGGCUGUCAGCAGACAGGGAGGCGCUGGCCCCGCCGCGUGGCUCUUGGCCUCCGUGGGAAGGACGCUGUGUAGGGCGGGUGGCCUGCUCUGUGAGGUGGGAGUGCUGUGUGGCCCCGUCCGCAGGCGCUGGGUGCCUGUCCCGCAGCCUCCAGGAGCUCACCGAGGAGAACCAGAGCCUGAAGGAGGACCUGGACCGCGUGCUCAGCAGCUCACCCACCGUCGCCCGGACCAAGGGGUGCGUGGAGUGGAGCAAGCCCCGGCUGCUGAGGCGGAUCGCAGAGCUGGAGAAGAAGAUCAGGUCACUGGAGAGCCCCCCGCCGCAGGCCCCAGACGGAGGCCGGUCCGACGCCCUGGCGCUCUGCGUGUCCAGCACGUGGGGGCACCGGCAGCCGCGCCCCGAGCCCCAGGAGGAUGGCGAGCGCCAGGAGGAUAGCGAGCGACUCCGGGGCGCCCUGCGGAGCCUGAAGGGCGAGCGGAAGGCCCUGCGGGCCCAGCUGCAGGAGAGAGAUCUGGAGGUGAGGCAGCUGCUGCAGGCCAAGGCCGACGUGGAGAAGGAGCUGGAGGAGGUGCGGCGAGGAGAGGAGGCCAGGCGAGCGCGGGAGGCGGCCCUGAGAGAGGAGAUCCAAGCACUGACCCGGAAGUGUCAGGACCUGCAGGCAGCGAAGGAGGCAGAGGAAGACGACCCCACGGAGGGGACCCCUGAGGUACAGCCUCUCCGGGAGGCUUUCUCCAGCCACGUGUCCCCAGAGCUCUCACUCGGGGGCAAGGACGUCGCUCGUGGCGGCUCCUCUGGGGGUGUCCUGCAGGCAAUGCGUGUGGGCCCCCAAGUGCCCCAGUCACAGUCUGACCGUCACAGCAGCCACUCUGGCUUCUCCUUCAAAGCCAGGCUAGGAACGGCCUUCACCCCAGAAGGCCCACGUCUCUCGGAGCCCGGCGCCAGCGAGGACAGCCCGUCCCAGCCCUGUGCCUGCUCCGAACAGCGGAGACACGCGGCCGCCAGCACCCUGCAGGCCCGGUGGAAGGUGUACAGGCGCCAGAAGAGGGAGGCCGCGCUGGAUGAGGCGGCCACGGUGCUCCAGGCGGCCUUCCGCGGACACCUGGCUCGGGCGAGGCUACUGGCGAGCCCAGCCCCCUUUGUCCGGGCUGAGGGCGACCCCAGGCAGGAGGCGGCCGUCACCCUCAUCCAGUCAGUCUUCCGGGCGCACCUGGCACGGGUCAGGCACAGGACCGGGGCACUCCCUGCAGCCUCUACCAGAUCGCCUGUUCCGGCCACACUCAGCGCGCCCUCCCCGCCAGCCCCCCCUGUGGCGCCUGCUGGUCAGGAGGACGGUGAAGUGAGUGGCAGGGACGCCAUGGAGGGCCCAGCCCCGCAGCCCUGCCCUGCCGAGCCCUCUCCCUCGUCUGCGCCCUGGGAAGACGUCUCCUCGGACGACUCGGACGAAGUCAUCAUGGCUCCAGCUCUGCCCGUGAAGAGAAGCCCCUCCCUGCCCCCCACCCUGGGUGCCUGCGGGCGCGCCGCACACGGGGAUGCUCCGUCCGCGGAGAGCUAGGAGGGACGGACAUGGCCCUGAUGCAGGCGCUGCUGUGCUGUCCUGGAGGAGGAAGGGCCUGGGCGCUGGGAGAGGCAGGUGCCCAGCCCGGCUCUGCGGCCUUAGAAAGCCCAGCUGCGCCCAGGAUGCCCUGGGAGCGGUGGCACCUGUUCUUGGGCUCUGAGGACCUGAGAGCGACACAGACCUGCUGGGCCCCGCCUCCGGCCUCCAGCAGCUGACCGCCCCUCGUGCUUCCUGAAGACCCCAGGAGUCCCCUCUGAAUGUGGCCCUGGCGGUUGGGUGGGCGGGACCCUGACUGCACCUCGUUGCCCCCAGGCUCUGGGGAGCGGGAGUCCCCUCUGCUCCGUGCUGCCGGCCUUUGUGAAUAAACGCAGUUUGCAGCGUA